AGUUAACCUAAUGCUCGGUAAAUGCCGGUUAUAUUAUAAUCCUGGUAAACGCUUCAUCCAUCACAUCACAUAAGAAGAGGAAGACUCGUUAAACGUGACGAAGACAUGCUUCCAAACAAGCAGGAAUAACUCAACUGGAAUAUUGUGUAGCAAUUGAAAUCCGUGUUACACACAGUCAAGCAAAUGGAGUUUAUUAAAGAGGAGAGUGAAGACAUUAGUUGUACAGAAGCAUGCAGAGUGAAAAAUGAAGAUGCAACGAAACAAGACCUGAAGGAACUGAAAGAAGAAAGUGAUGUUGGGGAGAAACAUCAGUAUCAGAAACCUCAUAAUUUCACAGCUGGAGAAAAAUCUAUUGGCCUCUCACACACUGCAAAGAAUUUUUCACAAGAAACAGGAGCCAAAAAUUAUUUCACUUGCCCUCAGUGUGAAAAGAGUUUCAGCAAGAAAGGCAAUCUUGAUAGGCACAUGAGAAUUCACACUGGAGAGAAGCCUUUUACAUGCCCUCAGUGUGGAAAGAGUUUCAGGAGUAAAGGAACCCUUAAUCUACACAUUAAAAUUCACACCGGCGAGAAGCCUUUUACGUGCCAUCAGUGUGGAAAGAGUUUCAGCAGUAAAGGAAUUCUUGAGGUGCACAUGAGAAUUCAUACUGGAGAGAAGCCAUUUACAUGCCAUCAGUGUGGAAAAAGUUUCCGCUUUAGGGAAAACCUUCGUAAGCACAUGAAAAUUCACACUGAAGAGAAGCCUUUCAUGUGCCAUCAAUGUGGGAGGAGAUUCAGAUCUCAAGGAACGCUUGGUGUGCACAUGAGAAUUCACACCGGAGAGAAGCCUUUCACAUGCCCUCAGUGUGAAAGGAAUUUCCGCUUUAGAGAAAACCUUCAUAAGCACAUUAGAAUUCACACUGGAGAGAAGCCUUUUAUGUGCCUUCAGUGUGGGAAGAGAUUCAGAUCUCAAGGAGAACUUGGAAUGCACAUGAGAACUCACACUGGAGAGAAGCCUUUUACGUGCUCUCAAUGUGGAAAGAGUUUCUGCAGUAAAGGUAGCCUUGACAUGAAAGAGGAAAGUAAAGAACUGAAUGAAGUGGAGCAAAAUGAUUAUCGGGAUCCACAUUUCACAACUAGAGAUUUUUCUUUUAGCUGCUCACAAAUGGAAAAUUUUCCCUCGCAAAAUACAACGGGAGCCAUAAAUUAUUUCACCUGCCCUCAGUGUGAAAAGAUUUUCAAGAGGAAAGUAAACCUUAGAAUGCACAUUAGAACUCACACUGGAGAUAAGUCUUUUACAUGCUCUCAAUGUGGAAAGAGUUUCUGCAGUAAAGGAAGCCUUGGUAAGCACAUGAUAAUUCACACUGGAGAGAAGCCUUUCACCUGCUCUCACUGUGGGAAGAGAUUUAGAUAUCAAGGAGAACUUAGAAUGCACAUUAGAACUCACACUGGAGACAAGCCUUUUAUGUGCUCUCAAUGUGGAAAGAGUUUCUGCAGUAAAGGAAGCCUUGGUAAGCACAUGAUAAUUCACACUGGAGAGAAACCUUUCACCUGCUCUCAGUGUGGAAAGAGUUUCAAUACUAAAGGCAGCCAUGAUGUUCACAUGAAAAUUCACACUGGAGAGAAACGUUUUACAUGCAUGGAGUGUGGGAAGAGUUUCCCAUAUCAAGCAUACCUUAAAAGGCACAUUAGAACUCACACUGGGGAGAAGCCUUUCACCUGCCCUCAGUGUAGAAAAUGUUUUACAGAGAAAACAACCUUUACGAGUCACAUGCGAAUUCACACUGGAGAGAAGCCUUUUAGAUGCAGUCGAUGUUGGAUGAGUUUCAGAUGUAAAAAGGGACUUACCUUGCACAUGAGAACUCACACUGGAGAGAAGCCUUUUACGUGCUCUCAAUGUGGAAAGAGUUUCUGCGGGAAAGGAAGCCUUGGUAAGCACAUGAUAAUUCAUACUGGAGAGAAGCCUUUCACCUGCUCUCACUGUGGGAAGAGCUUCAAUACUAAAGGCAGCCAUGAUGUUCACAUGAAAAUUCACACUGGAGAGAGACCGUUUACAUGCAUGGAGUGUGGGAAGAGUUUCCCACUUCAAGCACACCUUAAAAGGCACAUGAAAACUCACAAUGGUGAGAAGCCUUUCACCUGUCCUCAGUGUAGAAAAAGUUUUACAGAGAAAACCACCUUAACGAGUCACAUGCGAAUUCACACUGGAGAGAAGCCUUUUAGAUGCAGUCGAUGUUGGAUGAGUUUUAGACGUAAACAUGGACUUACCAUACACAUGAGAACUCACACUGGAGAGAAGCCUUAUGUAUGCAAUCAGUGUGAAAAGAGUUUCAUAACUAAAUAUCAUCUUGAAAAUCACGUGAGAGUUCAUACUGGAGAGAAGCCAUUUACAUGCAUCCAGUGUGGAAAGAGUUUCAAAACUAAAUGGCAUCUCUGUAUUCACAUUAGAAUUCACACUGGAGAGAAGCCUUACACAUGCCUCCAGUGUGGGAACAGUUUUGCACGUAAAAACAGCUUUAAGACUCACAUGAGAUUUCACACUGGAGAAAACCUUUUCACGUGUCAUCAGUGUGGUACACAUUUUACUUCUGCAACAGCCUUAAAAAUGCACCUGAAAACUCAUGAAAAUGAGAGGCCGUACUUGAGUUCUCCAGCAGGAAAGCGUUUUAAAAAGCAGCAGAAAAAAGAUACUGCUGUGAGAGCUCAUGUUUGUUUUGAUUGUGGAAAGGCCUUUUCUAGAAAAACUAAUUUGGAACGGCACCAAAAAAUUCAUACCAGUUAAAGAAGUGCAAGUGCGUAAUGUGUGGAAAGAGUUUCACUUGUUCCGGAAUCCUGAAAGUACAUGAGAGUGGAUACUGGAGCGAGGCCAUGCACUUCAUUUGUUCAUGUUCAGAGUUUCAACCAAUCCUAUACUCUAAAGAUUCACAGAAAGGAUUAUUAUUGUUAUAGUUUUCAUUGAUAUGAAAUUCAGAAAAAAACAAAGAUGGCAUUUUUCCCUAAAAAGCAGUAAUCUAAGAGAGUAAUUUACUUCAUUGCAUUAACUGUAGUGAUCAAUGAGCUUUAAUUGAGAAUGUUUACAUGCAGGUUCUUAGACCGAUUAUGCUUAAUAAGACGACAAUGUGUGGUCACGUAAACGCAUGUAAAACGACUUUAUCAGGGUAAGGUCAUGAUCGGAAACCAAUCGACACGGGUAGAUUUUUGCCUGUUAUCCUGGUGUGGCAUUGCAUAUAAACUCUUUAACUGGCAUGAGAACAAUGUGAUUAUUUCAAAUCUCAUUGAAUCUGAUUUUUUUUUUUUAAAUAAACUGAUUUUGGGGAGUAAGCAAUGCCCUAUAGGUGCACAUGUAAACAAGCUCGGUGUAAGGGUUUGUAGGACGUUUGUAGUCAUAUAACUAAACACGUGUUAAACAAAGGAUUUAAUUUACGUUUUUAAAAGCAAGCUGUGUGUCUGCGACUUGGAGGGAGCAAAUAUCUGUUUUACUUCAUAUUUUAUCACUCAUAUUUUCUUAAUAUGAACUAAUAUCCAUUAAUUUUUACUUGAUACUUUUCAUUUUAUAUUCUUUUGCUACUACCGUUUAAUCUUAGUUUGUAUGUUGUAUUGUCUUCAUAAGUUAGAGAUAAGGAAAUGCCUCCAUUUCAAGUUAUUUAAUGUUACAGGAUGAUGUUGAAAUGCAGUCAUUUCUCAUUGCCUUUCUUGGUUUAAUAACAUAUGUUGAAUUUAUGCCGGUCAGGCAAAGUCGCUAUUGAGAAAGACACAACUAACAUUAUUUAAUAAACUGCAAA